UCUCCUUCAUCAAGCAUGCCAUGGUGGCCAUAUAGAACUGGUAGACAAACUGGUUAAGGAAUAUGGCCUUGAUCCUGCAGAUAGAGAUAAUGAUGGAAACACACCUCUACAUAUUGCAGCCAUGAAAGGACAUAUUAACACCGUGCAACACCUGAUCAGUGAGCACAGUGCUGAUAUUGAUUGCACUAAUAAUAGCAACCAAACUCCAUUCGAGAUAGCUAUGCUCAACAAUCAUAUGUGUGUUUUGGAUGCGUUAGUCGAAAAAUUUAACGAAAGUCAUCAUGUCCGAGGUUAUACUGUCCUUCACUAUGCAUGUGAUCGUGGCCUUAAAACACUAUUAGACAAACUGGUGAUGGAAUAUCACCUCCUCAAGCUCACAGAUAGAGAUGAUGAUGGAAAUACACCUCUACAUAUUGCAGCCAUGAAAGGACAUGUUGAAACAGUGAGACACUUGAUUAUUCAACACAAAGUUGAAACCAAUAUCACUAACAAUGUUAACUCUACCCCAUUGUGUUUAGCUGCUCAAGAUGGUCAUGAGAUUGUGAUACAUGCCCUAACUAAAGAGUUUAAUUGCAGCCCACAUGUUAGAGGCUACAAUGGUCAAACUCUACUUCAUUAUGCUUGCCAAAAUGGUCAUAUAGAAACUUUAAACAUUAUAAUAUCAAAAUAUAAGUUGGAUCCAACAAUUAGAGACAACGAUGGGAACACACCUCUGCAUAUUUUAUGUCGUACAUCGCAUACUGAAGAAGAAAAGCUGAGAACAAUUCUUUUCCAGUACUGGACAGUGUUUCAAGUUAAUAAUGAUGGCAACACACCUCUUCACACAGCAACUCGAUAUGGGCAAGUUCAUUGUGCACGCUUACUAUUGCAGAAAUGCAAUGCUCCCCUUUUUGUGCGAAAUAAAGUCGGUAAUACCGCCCUUGAUUUAGCUAAAGCUCAGAGAAGCCAAGAAAUUGUUACAAUUUUCAAAAGUCAUAAUCCUGAGAUCCAAUCAAUCUAUCGGCAACUAGAUAAACUUGCUCAACAAGAGUUUAGUGGUGAAAAAAACUUCACCAGAAUAUUUGUUGUAGGUCAUCCAGGUGCAGGAAAAUCCACGCUUGUUGAAACUAUCAAAACAGAAGGUUUGAUCAGCUACUUCAGCACAUCAACUGUUGCCCCUCACACUGCAGGCAUUGUUCCAAGUACUUAUGACAGUAGUGCUUAUGGAAGAAUGAUACUCUAUGAUUUUGCUGGUGAUUCCGAGUACUAUUCCUCACAUGCUGCAAUUAUGGAGUCAAUCAACACAUCAAAAGGAAGCAAUAUAUAUUUGAUACUUUGUGAUUUGAGUAAAGGCGAAGAAGCUGCUGUCACUAAAUACAGCUACUGGCUUUCAUUUCUAUCAUACAAUAUUAAGCAAUUCUCAAACACUAUUAUCUUACCAGUGGGAAGCCAUGCUGAUGUAAUCAACAAAAGGUCAGUAGAACAAGCGUUACGUGUGCUUGACAGCGUAUCCCAAAAGUUCUGUAGCAGCUCCGAGAUUGAUGAUUUACACAUAGAACAAAGUGUUGCUCUUGAUUGUCGUAGACGAGGGGCUGUAGUUAAUAACAUAAAGGAACUCGCAAAGAAAUUCUCUAAUUUAGUAUCCCUUUCCCCGGAGACAAGCACACUUCUGGGAUUGUUGAAGAAAGACUUUGAACAUGUUCCGGCUUGCAAAGUGAGCCUCCUUAUCUCACACAUAGAAGAUACUGGAAUUCCCCUUCCACUAAAUUCUUCAUCACUAUACACUCUCAUAAGAGAGUUACAUGAUUUGGGUCUGCUAAUGGUGAUAGAGAGAGAAGGGGACUCCAUUGAGAACCAUACAAUCAUUCUCAAGAUAUCAACCCUCACAUCGGAUGUACACAAUAAACUGUUUUCAACGUCUGCUAAAGCAGACCUCACCAAACAUAUUGAUCAACUCAAGCUCAGCGUAGGCAUUGUUCCAGAAUCACUACUGGAGAGAGUACUGCCAGAGUAUAUUACAAAAGAAUGUCUACUUAAGCUGCAGUACUGUCAAGAAAUCGAGAAUUUGUACGUGGAAGAGGACCACACUCUUUCUCAACUCACUUCUGAGACACUACCAGCAGAGGGUUCCACUCAAGAGAAAUCUCAUCUAUUUUUCCCCGCUCUUUGUGAUCUCAAACUUGAGGAAAUUCAAUGGCCUAAAUCCGAAGGUAAUAAAGUUACUUUGGGAUGGUAUGCUAAAUGUGAUGGUGACAGAUUUGAUUUCUUCCCAACACGAUUUCUUCAUGUGCUUAUUGUUCACCUUUCUCACAACUUUGCACUGAAGCAAGGCCUGCCCACAAGACACAGACUUUCCACUACAGCUUCAGAUCCUUUGAUGGCUGAUGUAUAUGCUGCCAAUCCUAGCUGUCAUGUCUGGUCGACUGGUCUACAUUGGCUUAUGAAGAAUGGAGUGGAGGUAUUUGUCGAUAUACCUAAAGACGCUGAUAGUAAAGAACUGAUUGUACUAGCAAGGAGUGACGUCCGAAAUCAAGCCAAGUGUUCUGAAACUCUGCAUCAAGUUAUUCAAAAGGUAGUCAAAGCAAAAAUGGAGUUUUGUGCUGGUAUAGUGCCAACUGUUUACCUUCUUGAUCCGAACGACCUCAAGGAUGAACCUUUUACGAAUGCUUUGAGUUCAUCUAAAUAUGCUCUUAGUGAUAUCGAAGAAGCACUAGCAGAAGGCACUGAGGAAGUUGCCGAUAAAGACAGACAUUGUUUCUCCACUCCAAUCAAAGAAUGGAUCAGCCCAACAAGAUGGGCCAUAUCUUACUGGAAUUUGUUUUUUCCAAUGGAUACCUUCUUGGUUCAUUCUGCUUUGCAAGAAGUAAGUAGUGCUCAAUGGAAACUGCUAGGAAUGAGUCUUCCGAUCACCUGGAACAAAUUAGAUGACAUUGAGAAUAAUGACUCAUCAUACCCUGGUGACAUUGCUAAGAAAGAAGAAGUAAUUCGACUGUGGAUGUCUCAAGAACCCACCUGGAUAGUGUUGGUAGACGCUCUCAGUCAAUCUGCAUAUGGAUGGUCACAGAAUUCAAGUCAAAUCUCACAAGAGCACAAUGUGCCUCUACAAAAGAAAAGUUUAGAAAAAGAUUCAUCUCUUCAUCCCGACGAGGACUUUCUCCAAUCAUUUGCUGCCAUCAUUGGCUCUCGUUGGCAGUGUCUUGCUUUCCCCCUCUCCCUCACUUCUAAAGACAUUGUGAGCAUCAAGGGAGAGACAAGAGGAGCAGAGCCGACCAGACAAGCACUCGUUAUGCUGCAGAAAUGGGCAGCCAGGGAGACGGCAACUUAUGGUCAGUUGAGAGAGAGACUCCGUACACUCUCAGUAUUUCAUAUCUGAGAAAAUUUAUAGUAUCAUGCAUCACAGCACAAAUUUUAUGUGUAGCUACGUUAAUGCACCUGCUGCAUGUAACUGUUUUAUCACUUUAUUGUGUCAAUGAACUUCAGAACUCAUGCUUCACCAUAUAAUUUUCUUACUAUUGCACUUUUAAUCUACAUUUUCCUACACUGCCUUGCUAAUAUUAAACAUCUUCGCAUCUUUUUGUUAGCCUUUUAUCAAUUCAUUAGUUAAUUAAUGCUUCCCCCAAGUAAUUUUUGUACUUUUCAGCUAGAGUUUUAGUGUUGAACAAAAUGUCUGUAACAACUCCAA